AUGGCACAAGACGGGGAGGACAUGGUGCCUUUCGACCCCAAGCUUCUGGCUGAGCUGGAGGAGGAAGCAGCCUCUCGCUAUACUGAGGAGGAUAACCAGUUUACAGAGCACUGCAAGAAGAGCCUGCCUAAGCCGCCAAUACUCCCUGCUGACAGAUUUGACCGCAACAGACAGCGCAGAGGCAACUUUAGACAUCAAGACCACAGGAGAGAAGGAAGCUUCAGGGAUCAAGGGGAGUACAGAGGUCAUGGGAAUUAUAGGGAUCGUGGGAAUUAUAGGGAUCACAGGAGGGAAUAUUCUGACCACAGGCAAGGGAGGUUUGGCGGUGACCACAGAGAUUAUGAUGACAGCAGAAGGGAUAGUGAGAAGAGGAAGUAUAGGUCCGAGAGGGAGAGUGAUGAGUAUGGAAGAAGGGAUUACCAGUCCAGCAGAUACUACAAUGGUGGGGGGUCAUCCUAUUGA